AUAUAGUCAAUUAAAAAUGAGUAAUAAUUUUCUAUAAGAAAACACACACUAUUUUGAAAGUAAAAAUUAAUUUCUAGCAUAGAUAAGGGGAUACUGAAAAAGAAGGCAGAUAAGGUUGGUUGUUUGUCUCUUAUAUUUUUCCUCUAUCCUCUUAUCUUCUUCCUCCUUCUACCAUUGUUAAAUUGAAGAAAAAAAAGGAAGAUCUUGCUCGUUUGUUUGCUAGCAGUGUCAUUUAUUUCUUUUUCUUUUUUCAGGAAAAAAGGAGGUGACUAAUUGUUGGCAGCCAUGUUUGUAGCUUCAACAGCUCUGAACAUCGGAUCUUUGGGUACCCAGCUGCUAAAUCCCCCCGCCCAAAAUCCCAUCAAACCUUUCUUACACCCACCUGCUAAAAAUCCAAUCUUGAAAUCUUCAAAUCCCUUGACGGAGGAAACUGUCCACCCCUGUCAGAAGAUCAGUGACCGCCGUCGGUUCUUCCCAUCCCACCGACAAGGUGAACAAGAAGAAGAAGCAAGUGGUGGGAGCAAAAAGUCUCAUUUUGUCGUGGCCAAUGCGAAGUUCAUGUUGGAUGAGGAGGAGCAUUUUAAGGAGCUAAUGUUCGAGCCCCUUUGGCUUUUUGGGGAGAGGAACAAGGAGCAAGAUUUCUGGCUCGUGAUCGAACCCAAAUUCUUGAACAAGUUCCCUAAUGUUACCAAGAGGCUCAAGAGGCCAGCAGUUGCUCUUGUUUCACAAACGGCCCUUGGAUUACGUAUGUUCAUGAAGUUGAGACUAGACAGAGUUUUGCAAGAGAGCUUUGAAGCUGAAAAUCUUGAAGAAGCUCUAGUUUCCAAUCCAGCUGAUCUCGAAUUUGAAAAGCUCGAAAAGUGGACAGCUCCUUAUGGACCUUAUCCCAAUUACAAAUACGGGUGGUGGGAGCCUUUUCUCCCGCCGAAAACAUCCAAGGUAUGAAAAAGUGGUCGCCCUUUUUAUUUUUUUGUUUUUUUGUUUUUGGUAAGUGUGGUAAACUAGCUUAUGUUUGUUAGUUUAAGAGCUUCGUAAAAUUCAUCUGUACGGUAAAGCAGUAAGCAGAGAAAAAUUCAUGUCCUGAGACGAUUGAGUUUUGUUCCGUAUUACUGCAAGUAGUUUUGACUACUCAUAU